UCUAUGUAUCCAUAAACUUAAUACUUAUUCAAUUUUGGUAAUUAUUCCAUACCCAUUACCUAUAUCCUAUUUAUUAUAGACUAAAUUUAAUAAAUUUGAUGUAGAUCACAAAAAUAAUAUUAAAAACACCAAUGCUGGGUCGUAUGAAUAAUUGCUAAAUAUUUAACCAAUCAAUAGCUGGUGAGCAAAUGUUCUCUUAAAUAUGAUUUAGUGGCCCAUCAUUGGUCCAUAAAUUAAUACAUUUUUCAUGCAACCCCGAGUAAAACUAAAACUAGAAUCAGUAGAAUCUAAGAAAAGAAUUAGGUUCUCUAAUAAUGAAAUAAGUAUUUGUUAAACAAAUUAUUUUAUAAAUGUAGACUAAAAACAUAUUUAAAAAAAGAUUGUUAUUAAAAUUUAAACAUAAAAAAUGUAAACAAUCAGUCGUUUCUAUGGUGAUAUAUCCACUAUGACUACAGUUUAUACAUUACACAACCAUAACAAUAAACCAACAAUUAUUGAAUGCAAUAAUAUGGUUACAAUGUAGAUAGUAUUGUUAUUAUUUGGAUAGUAAUAUUAAAAUAGCAAAAAAGGAAUGAACAACAAAUGUGUUAAAAAGUGUCAAAUUAUAUAUAUUUUUUGGAUAUAAUAAAUAAACGUGAUAUAAUUAAUUAACUAUAAUAAGUAAUGGAUAAAGAUCCAAUGAUUGAACUUACUGAAUUUCAUAAUAAUUUAUAUGGCCCUUUAUCAGAUUCUAGAGAAAAUUUAAUUGAUAAACCACCAGAAAUUAAACCCAGAAAAAAAAAAUUAUUAAGUAUAAAUGAUGUUCAGUCUACAGGAUCUAAUUCCAGCAGUAGUGAGAGGGAUGGAUCAGAAUUGUCAUCAAUUAGCCAUGAUUCAUCACCAUUGUCACAAAGUUGGCAAAAAAUUAAAAAUAACAGUGUAUGUACACCGAUACCUAUACCUCGUCCACGUUCAAUAUCAAGUAAAAAGUCUGCAAGUACUAAUGGAUCUAGUGAAAGAAGUAUAAGUGUUAUUAGUCCGAUAUCAAAUAAGAGUAGUUUACAAAACAGUCGAUCUGUAACGCCAGAAAGUGUAUCCAUUGAAUUAAGUGAUAGUGAAAUCACAGAUAGUUCAAGCAGAGUUAAAAUGAAAGAAAAUAGAGAAACAAAUGACACAGAGCUGUCAGCCGCAUUAAAUAAUGUUGCUACUUUAAACAUGUUUAGUGAAGAAACAAGAAAUGAAAAUGAAAACAUUAAACUAGAAAUUUAUAUUCAUCAAACAGAUGCAUUAAAAGUUGAUACAAGAAUAAAACAUCCAAGUGUUAUAAUUUCUAUAAUUGAUACAACGACGUGGGAGUAUCUAAGAGUAAGCGAAGCAAAUGGAACAAAUCAGGAAAAAACUUAUGUAAAUCCAAUUUUAACAAAAGAAUUUGAUUUCAAACAUCAUAAGACAAUAAUACCAAAAUGGGAUGAAAAACUUGUUUGUACUGAACAAUUUAAACACAUCAUUACAGAGAAUACAGUAAUAUUAUUUGAGAUUGUAGAUUUUACUGGAAGUAUUCGACCUCUAGUAACAACGAAUGAUUGGCAUAGAAUAGCUUGGGCAUUUAUAAGACCAAUUGGAUCAAAUGGAAUCACAAAUACAGGAAAACAAAUAAGACUACAGUUAUACAAACCUGGCCCAAAGCCAAAGUCUUUUCACAAAAGUCAUCCAAUGGUAAUGCAUUGGUUUAUUAAAGGAAUACUAAAAAAAUAUCCAAGCACGCUUUAUAUUAGUUUGAACAAAGUAACAUACUCUGGGGCAACUGAUGUGGUAUCAGAACACAAACAACAAGAAUUAAUUUCAAUUAACUCUAGUUCACAAAAUGGUAUAAAUUCUGAUUCUAUCAGUUCAAGUCAAGAAACGUUUCAAGAAUACUAUAUUAAGUGGAAACGUUUUCCUGGCCAAAAAUGUAAAAUACCAAAUUCAGAAAUUGUGAAGCUUCAACCGAACUUAGAAGGAUGUAUGCAUUUGAAAUUUAGUCAUGAUGGUUUAAGACUAGCAGUUGCUACAGGAAAAAAUAUAAAUAUCUAUUCAGUACCCGGAUAUAAAUUGCUUAAACAAUUAAUUGGUCAUCAAGGUUUAGUAUAUACUUUAAGGUGGAGCAAUGACAAUAAUAAUUUAUUAACAACUUCUUCCGAUUAUACUGCGUGUGUAUGGACACUGCAGAAUUACAAUCAAACAGACUUCCAAAUUCUUCCGCAUCCGUCAUAUGUGUAUUGUGCUGAAUAUAAUAGUACAGUUAUAAUAACUGGAUGUUACGAUAGUAUAUUGCGACUAUGGUCUUCCACCCUUAAUAAAUGGACAUUGUGCCAAGAAAUGGAAUUCCACAAAGGUUUCAUAUCAAGUAUUGCUUUGUUGGGAACUAUAGUACUUUCAGCCGAUAGCCAUGGGUUUAUUAUCGAAUGGACUCUCGAAAAUAGUAGACUAGAACUAAAGAGAAUUAUAACAGUACCCGAAAUACGACAAGUUAUAAUAAGUAAUAUAAUUUUACAUCCAGCCGGUAAACGGCUUCUAAUUCAAACCAGAGAUAGUAUUUUACGCAUGAUGGAUUUACAUACGACGGCAAUCAUACAGUGGUUUAGGGGUGGUGUAAACAACAAAGUACAAACAGGAUGUGCAUUAAGUCCUUGUGGUAAUCUUGUGUUUGGCUGUGGCGAAGACGGACUUGUCAAUGUUUGGGAAGCGUAUACUGCUAAACAAUUGGCAUUUUAUACGAAUCGUCAAGAUUUAUCAGCAGCCACUAGUAGUGCAGUGGAUUAUCAUCCACAUGAUCAUAUGAUAGUAUUUGGGGUGUAUACUCCAAAUAAAAAUUCGCCCGUUUAUGUUGCUCAAUAUCAAAAAGAAAAUGAAACGGACAUUGGUUUGAGGUUUUUGAUUCCAGUAGAACACAAACAAAAAGUUUUUGGGCAUAUUAAUCACCACACAGCAGAAUAUGGAUAUUUAAAUAAAUUAAAAGCAAAAGAACAUGAUAAUCAACGAAUGAUGCCAUUAGUCAAUAUCAUCAAGAGAAUGGACAGUGUUUUAAAUUCAUUUAAGAUAAAAGAAUAACAACCAAUGUACUCAUGAAUUGCGGCCAUGUCCCGUUUUCCCCAAUCUUUAAAAUGGCUGUUCCCGUUAUUGCCCUUUUCAAACAAUUUAAAAAAAGGUUUGAUUCCUGUUUUCGUUAAUAAAACUGCCUAUGGUAAAAUGAUUAUACUUUUAUUCCAUAUUUUUGGAAAAAAAAUUGCGUUUUCAUGUAGGUACAGUGUACCUGGUCACACUACAUAUACUCUAUAAUAUGUUAAAUGUUGUAUUUAGAAAAAAUUGAUUAUUUUUUUAAUUACCUACAUAUAUAGCCAUAUAAGGUAUACCUGCGAAGAGUUAACUUUAAAUAAUUGUACAUUUGUACAUGGUUCAUACGACAACAUUUAACAUUCAAAAUUCAAAUAAUAAUUCAUAAUUCAAAUAAAAAAAUAACAAAAUAUAAUAUUUUUUUCUGUUUGUUCAACAUAGUUUCAAUAAAAAUUAAUAAUACCUAAUGUCAUAAUAAAAUAUAUUAUAAGUGUGAAUAUUGUGAAGAUUUUAUACAACCUAUGUUAAAUUUAAUUUAAAAUAAAAACUAAUUUAAUUUAAUUUUUAAUUGUUUUACAAUAUUUUGAUCAUAUUAUAAUACAAGUACCUGGCAGGCAAAUUGGCGAGGACGGGAAUCACACCUUUUUUAAUAUUGAUGGAAAUAGGGGAACAUGGAAACAAACAUUUUUAAUUUUUACGGAAACAGGUAAUUGUCUGAAUUACUGGGUAACACCAAAUUAAUAAAAAUAUGAUUGCCAAAACAUUUAUUCUUAUAGCAUGUAUUCAAUAUUUUUUAUAUUGUUUUUU